UCGCCGCUCACGGACAAGCUGGAUUUCGCCUUGCGUUGCUGCUCCUUGGCGCAUCUCCCGCUACACACCUUGCUCGUCUUCACUCAGAGCCAUAUCUUGAGGGACGCUGCGCAGGAUGAGUGGCAGCCAAUCUUCCUCCACCUCCGAUUCGGAUGGCCCAUCGACACCGCCAGCAGCCACCGCAACACUGCCAAGAUCGCUCAAGGAAGCACGUCGCCAAGCGCAGCCUGAAGCAGAAGCAGGCGAUCCAUUUCAAGACCAUUUCAGCAAGCACAGUUCAGUACCUUGGCUCGAACCGCACACUUUUCACACGCUGCGUACCCAAGCGCGCUUCAAGCAUCCCAGUGCCAAGCAGUUCGAUCAUCCAGAUCUUCAAAAUCUCACCGCUCCUCAUAUCGAGAGCUUCAAUGCUUUGUGGGCACAAGAUCCAUCCGUCGACCCUUCCACCUCUUCCAUCCUGCCCUCGCGCAUCUCUCAGGCUGGUAGCGGCGCGUCAUCCAGCGGCCACAGUCUGCUAAAGGGUCUUCCGGGACUCGGAGAUACGCUGGGCAUAGGUGAAGGUCAAGGUCUGCUUGCCAAAGCUCUCAAGAGACUUCCUCCAAAAGUCAUCUUUGAUGGGAAAGGUGGAUCUGACAACAAGAGGGGCAACAAGAUGGAGAUCAGCGUGGAGAGCGUCAGUCUGGCUAGGCCCGCUGCUAGCGAGCGCGCAAAGGGCUUGUCUGGCAAAAAGACUUUUCCAAGCGAGUGCCGUGAAAGGCUCAUGACGUACAGGGCUCGCAUGACUGCGCGCAUCGCUUGGAGGGUCAAUGGUAACUUGCCUCACAUCGAGGAGCGCGAUCUAGGUCAGGUUCCCGUCAUGGUCAAGUCCAACCGGUGUCAUCUUCGGGGCCUAUCCUCGCGCGAGUUGGUGCAGCGAGCAGAAGAGCCUCACGAGCUGGGCGGCUACUUUAUCAUCAAUGGCAAUGAAAGGCUGGUACGCUUCUUGAUCGUCCCGCGAGCAAAUCACGUCACGGCGAUCGAAAGACCAUCGUUCCAGAAACGAGGGCCGGAGUACUCGACCAAGGGUUGCACCAUUCGUUGCUUGCACAAGAACGACUUGUUGAGCUUUACCAACACUGUCCACUACCUAACCAACGGCGGCGUCACGCUCAGGUUCAGCAUGAGGAAAUCAGAGUACAUGAUUCCUGUCGUCAUGCUGCUCAAGUCCCUCGUCUCCGCCACCGACAAGGAGAUCUUUUCGGACUUGGUACAAGGCGAUUUCGACAACACGUUUUUGGCUGAUAGAGUGGAGCUUUUGCUGCGAGGCUUCAAAUCGUACGGCUUGUGGACGGGAGAGCAAUGCUGCGAAUACCUCGGGGACAAAUUCAGAGUGGCCAUGGCCACACCGGAAGAUUGGAGCAACUUUCAAGUAGGCAGCGAGCUCAUCAAACGCAUGGUUUUGCCUCAUCUGGACACGCCAAGGGACAAGUACAAUAUGCUCAUCUUUAUGAUGCGCAAGUUGUACUCUCUCGUAGCUGGUGACUGCUGCCCCGACAAUCCCGACUCGCCUCAACAUCAAGAGAUCCUCUUGCCGGGAUUCUUGUACGGACAGAUCAUCAAGGAGAGGAUUGAUGAGUACCUGAUCGCCUUGAGAGGCCAAGUCUCUCGAGAAUUGAGAUCAAAGCAAGGCAUGGACUUUUUCAACGCUUCUUCCAUGUCCAAAGUCUUUGCUCGUGUCAAUUCUGACCUGGGAGCGAGAUUGGCCAAUUUUUUGGCCACUGGCAACCUGGUCAGUCCGACCGGAUUGGACCUUCAACAGAUUGGUGGUUUCACAGUAGUGGCGGAGAAGCUCAACUUCUACAGGUAUUUGGCCCAUUUCAGGUCCGUCCAUCGAGGAGCCUUUUUUGCAGAACUCAAGACCACGACCGUCAGAAAGCUUUUGCCUGAAGCGUGGGGCUUCCUGUGUCCUGUGCACACGCCCGACGGCUCCCCAUGCGGGCUGUUGAAUCAUUUCAGUCACUCUUGCAGGCUCAUUACGCGCGAAGUGGACACGAGCUGCGUGCCAUCUCUGCUCUCCUCGCUGGGCAUGUCUGCUCCGUUCGCGUCAGGCAUCGAUGGACGACAACACGUCGUUGUUCAGCUUGACGGCAUCAUUAUCGGCUAUGCCACUCCUGCGCUCGCUUUCCACAUGGCCAACCAGCUGCGCAGCUGGAAAACAGAAGGCAAAGAAAAGGUGCCGAUGGAUCUGGAAAUCGGCUUUGUGCCUACAUCUAAAGGCGGUCAGUACCCUGGUCUGUACCUCUUCUCUAGCAGAGCUAGGAUGAUGAGACCUGUCAGAUACCUCAAGAACAAUAGGGUCGAUAUGGUGGGACCAUUCGAACAGGUCUAUCUCGAUGUUGCGUGCAUGCCCGAUGAGAUUGAAACGGGCGUCACCACCCAUGCCGAAUUGAGCCCUACCAAUGUGCUCAGCGUGAUUGCCAAUCUCACGCCGUUUUCAGACUUUAAUCAGAGUCCAAGAAACAUGUACCAGUGCCAGAUGGGAAAGCAGACGAUGGGAACGCCUUCCACGGCCAUCAAUCACCGUACCGACAAUAAGCUGUACCGGAUUCAGACGCCCCAGACGCCCGUCGUGCGACCACAGCUCCAUAAUCGUUACAGCUUCGACGAGGCGCCAAACGGGGCCAACGCCAUUGUGGCGGUCAUCAGUUAUACAGGAUAUGACAUGGAAGAUGCGAUGAUUCUGAACAAGUCUGCGCACGAACGAGGAUUCGGCUACGGCAGCGUCUACAAGAGCGAGACGGUGGAUCUGACGGAUAUGCACGGUGCUUCGACGAGCGCUGGAAUACUCAACCUUCGCUUUGCUCUCGGGCACGAUGUGGACGUCGAGUCCAAAGUGAGAAAUACGAUCGAUGUGGACGGACUGCCCAUCAUCGGAGCCAAGGUGCUAAACGGCGCGCCCAUGGUCGCUUACUUUGACGACCUUCGCGGAAAGACGUCUUACCACAAGUUCAAGGGCGACGACUUCGCAUACAUCGACACGGUGCGCUUGAUAGGUACAGACUCUGGCGAAGGUAGCUGCACCAAGAUACAGAUCGUUUUGAGAAUACCAAGGUCCCCGGUCAUUGGCGACAAAUUCAGUUCCAGACAUGGGCAAAAGGGUGUGUGCAGUCAAAAGUGGCCAGCUAUAGACAUGCCCUUUUCGGAAAGCGGCAUGCAACCGGACGUCAUCAUCAACCCGCAUGCCUUUCCUAGUCGUAUGACCAUCGGCAUGCUGAUUGAGAGCUUGGCAGGCAAAGCGGGCGCCAUGCACGGCAUCUCUCAAGAUUGCACGCCGUGGACAUUUAGCGAGAGGGAUACGCCGAUCGAGUACUUUGGAGAGCAGCUCAAGCUGGCUGGAUACAACCACGUCGGCAAUGAACCGAUGUACUCUGGCAUCACGGGACAAGAACUUCAGGCGGACAUUUACCUCGGCGUAGUCUAUUAUCAGAGAUUGAGACACAUGGUCAAUGACAAAUUUCAAGUGAGAACUACUGGACCUGUGCAUUCCUUGACUCGACAACCCAUCAAGGGUCGUAAGAGGGCAGGAGGCAUCCGAUUCGGAGAGAUGGAACGCGACGCGCUUCUAGCUCACGGAACCAGCUUCCUUCUGCAAGAUCGACUGAUGAACUGUUCGGACUACAGCACGAGCUUCGUGUGCCGCACGUGCGGCAGCAUCAUCAGUUUGGGCUACGACGAUGCCGGCUUGUCCGGCGUGCAGACGCUGGAUGGCAAUACGUCCAGGUCCAAUCAUCCGGCCAGUUUGGGCCCGAAUGGCGAAUAUUGUAGGAUAUGUAGAGCGGACGAUGAGGUCAGGGAAGCGCAGGGAAGAGCUAGGUUACCCAAAGGAGCUAGCAGGAUCCCGCAAGGCGCUACUAGACUUCAAAUCGGUAGGGAAAACGUCAUUAGAAGAGGAAAUGGCGGAUUGGACGUCAUUGCCAUCCCUUAUGUUCUCAAGUAUCUCAGCACCGAGCUCGCUUCGGUCGGUAUGCGCAUCUGCUUCGAGAUCGUCUAGACACUCGCUCAAGCGCCCUUGCAACAUCCGAGCACACAUGGCCCCGUCAUGCACACAUCCCAUCCCUUGCACCAAAUCACCUUUUCCUACCCAAUGCGCCUUGCCCCGCCGUGCUCGCUUUGCGUCGAGAGGGCCAGAAGGCACGAACUGAGCACAUCUCCUCUUUUCCUAUUCCAGACAACAGCAUCUCUUCCUCCACCCAUCGCUCCUCCGCACGCCUUGUCAAUUCUACGCGAAACGCUUAAAACGCGCGCUCAACAGAGCAGGGUCGAGGGUCGGAGAGAAAGGCAUAUGAU